GGAACAAGGAACGCGCCCGUCCCUGAAGUCUCAACGGCAGCUGUAUCCUCGCACUCAGGGGGGAUCCAGAAGCCGUGUGAGGCACCACAAUUCUCAAAUAUGGCGGCGUACAACGCGGGGGCCAGUGGCGCCUUUGCGUCCAUGGAUGACCCGUUUGUUUCGAAUGCCAACCAGCCCGCCGUGCCUCGCGAAUCGCAUCGCUACGCGUCCUUUGAUACUCAGCUAUUUAGCCUUAAUGCCUCCUCCCCUGCCCAAGCCAAGCGAGCCCUCGAGGCUCACCUGGCCGAGACCGAACGUCGCCUGGAGGAGGCGUCCAAGUUGGGAACCGCCCUGAUUGACCAGCAGCGAGGACUCUCGGAGCAGCUGAAGGAGGUGGAGCAGCAACAGGAUGAGGGGGAAAUGGGCCCGGACCUGCGACGGCGGCUCGCCGACCUGGAGAAAGAGUACAAUGAUAUUGGUCGGGAGACGGCGCGCGCAUUUUUGGCACCCAAACGGCUGGCAGGAGGUCCAGAGGAUACCCAGUUGGGAACACCAUCUGUUGACCCAAAGUCUCCGCUCAGCCCGGCACUGUUUGCUGGACAGGCUACCAACUCACCCAGCAAAGUCAGCGCCCCAUCACGCAAGCAGCGCAAUCAACCCUCCACUCGCGUUCACGACAUCGAAUUCGCGACUGAGAUCUCGACUUCGUUAUUGGCCCAGGUCCGCCAACUGCAGGCGCUCCUUGCAGAACGAGAGGAGGCGUUGAAGUCUGUGAACUUGGAGAAAUCCCGGCUUGAGAUUGAAGCGGAGGGCUAUGCACAGCGAAUCCGGGCACUGGACGACAGCGAGCAGCGGUACAAGGACGAGAACUGGGCUCUGGAGACGCAGACUCACGAGUUGAUGGCCGCCGUCAAAGACGCUGCCGAACGCGAAACGAGACUCAACACUACGUUGAGUACAUCGAACUCGGAGAAGACUGCCGUGGAGCGAGAGCUUGAAGAGUUAAGGCAGGCGAACUCGAGGAUUCUGGAGGACCAGACUACCUCCCAGAAGGCAAAUGAUGCGGAGAUCCAUCUCCUGCGUCGGAACCUGAAUGCUGGAGAUGCGGAAAGACUGGCCCUUCAGAAAAAACUCGAGGAAAUGACCUCCCAAAACCAAGAGCUGGCCAAGGCGGUUGCUAUGCGACUCAGACAACAUGACGCACAAGGCGCCCGGGAUAUCCUUCACGACAACGAGGGAGAUGAACCUGAGCAAAUCACUCCCGAAAGCUCCCCACCGCCGUCGCCCAAUAAAUUCACUCCUCGGCAUAAUCAUCUGGAAUCAGAAACACUGAAGAGCUCGCUCGGUCAUGCCCACCGUAUGAUCCAGAGCCUCAAGAGCACCAUUCAUCGGGAAAAGACCGAGAAAAUCGAGCUCAAGCGCAUGUUGCAAGACGCCCGGGAUGAAGUUGAACAGCGUCGUCGUGAGAACAAUGCUCCAAACGGUUCUAGCAAGCGUCAGAAGAACAAGCAAGAUUCGGCCCGGAAGCCUGUUCGCCCCGAUCUGCUUGGCGCAGGCCGCAAGGAGAAGUCAUUUGUUGAACUUCAUGACACCGACUGGGAAGACAAUGCGGGCCAAGUUAGCCCUACCCGUCAACAUGCUACGACAAAUCAGAUCAAGAGCCGCACCGCCGCAGAGUCUGCGGAUGAGCCCAGUGAUGUUUACCAGACCGCCACAGAAGCCGAGGACGGGUUCGAGACGGCCAACGAGCGCGGCACUGCAACCGAGAGUGAAGCAUUCCAGACCGGCGUGGAAAGCAUGGCCGACGACAGCAGUGACUCGGCAGAUCUCACUGAGACCGAGAACACUGUUCAGACUACUCCGCGCAACCGCAACCGCGUCACUUCUUCUUUGAAGUUGUCUAAGACUCGUGAGCGUCACUCAUACCACAGUUCCGCUUCUACAUCAGACGACUCCGAGGAAGACGACCGAGGACACCCCUCUCCAAGCCAAAUCAAUCUCCCUCGAACCCGCGUUAGGUCGAAGCGGAGUAUCAUCAAACGGAUUCGACCAUCUGGAGAGGCACCGAUGGCUUCUAGCAGCCGGCCUUCUAGUGCACGCAAUUCCCCCGCAGCAAGCUUCGAGCCAGAGCCCGUGACCCAAGAGGGCCAGAGCCUGUUCGCAGAGCUCGCGGAACUUGAAGGACCCGAGGAGGAAGAUGAAGGCUUCGGUGCAGCUUCGCAGGCCUCGACGCCGCGCAUGCAGCCUGCAGCGGACUCACGACGGCCGUCUGAUGCCAUGCUGGAUGCCCCGCCCAAGCCUGUCAUGGUUGACUCUGGGGUGAUGACAGAGCCUUGGGAACCCAUGACCCCCACCAAGGCGGCCAUGGGCGCAAACCGUGAAGUUCCGGAGACCAGACAAACCCCAGAACUUGUCAGUUCAGGAACACAAUGGACGCCUCUUAAGCCCUCGCCUGCGGAUGACAAUUUGGCCAAUGUCCCUACGCCACCGAAGAUGGUCUGGGACGAACAUUCUGCUCGAGACCAAGAGAACGGAGUAAAUGCCCAACCCCAAUUGCCUGUGAUGGGUACAGCGACGGUCGAUUCCCAGGAGACCGUCCCCGAGUCGCCUACGUGGCCGGAGCUGAGUGUCUCAUACAUCACAGGAGGCACCACUGCACCCGUGCAACAUGAACUUCCUGCGCCUGAAAUUCCUGACCUCAAAUUGUCUUCCAUUUCUUCUCAAUCGACCGAGCCGGUUUUGGCCACGAUUCCUGAGCCUGAGCCUGUAAUCCCCGCUGAACCCGUGCGGGAGGUACCUGAGCUGUCUUUCUCAUCGCUCUACAUUCAGUCUACAGAGCCUGUCCAGGCACACAUUCCUGAGCCUGAGCCUGUGGUUCCUGUUGAACCUGUACGAGAGGCACCUGAGUUGGCAUUCUCAACCCUCUAUAGCCAGUUCACGGAGCCUGUGGUUCCCGUUGAGCCCGUGCAGGAGACACCCCAACUAUCAUUUUCGUCCCUCUCUAUCCAGUUCACAGAGCCCGUUCAGGCGCACCUUCCUGAACCCGAACCCGUGGUUCCCGUCGAGCUCCCACAGGAGACACCCGAGCUGGCAUUCUCACCCCUCUAUAGCCAGUCUACAGAGCCCGUUCAGCCAUACCUUCCUGAACCUGAGCCUGAAGUCCGCGCACCAGUUGUACCACCUUCUGAGCUGGUUGUUUCAUCUAUUUCCUCAGAGCAUACUGAGCCUGUUCAACCUCAGCUACCGGAGCGUGCCCUGGAACCUGAAACGAUUGUGGUACCCGAGCCCAAGCCAGCGCUCCCAGAAUUGUCAGUCUCUUGGCUUGAUCCAGCAUUCACUGCGCCAGUCGCACCUAAACAGCGCGAGAUUCCGGCAACUCCAGUGGUCCCUCUGUCUGUCUCUACCCUGCGCUCUGUGGAAACUUCGCCAGUGAAACCUGUGCCACGUGCUAUACCUCUGGUGGCAGAUCUGUCCACUCAAACAGAUCCAACUGAGCAAUCGAAGGCGGCUGGAGCCGCAGUGGUUGUUCACGAAGAUCAGGGCAGCGAAGAUGAGCCCAGUGGCCCUGCCCGCAACCGUGCUAGUACCAGUACCAGUGACCUGCAACCGGGCGCCGGGUUGGCACUGAGCGACAUUUCUGGCAACGCCUUAGGCCGUUCUGCUAGACAACCACCCAGCUCGGUCAGCAUGGAUCAAGGGGCCCAGACCAUCUUGUCUUCCAAGCAAAUCGACCAGAUCCUCAUGGACCGGGAGUUUGCUCGUCCUAUAUCUUCCCCCGACAGCAAACAAUCACAACACAACAGAGAAGCCGCCAUUUUUGGCGGGACCACCGCAUCACCAUACGCAACACCCAAAGUCCGAAGCCGUCUUCCACCUCAAUCCUCGACCAAGUCGGCUACAUCAAGUCACAGACGACCUGGCAGUGCUACGAGCCAGGCAUCGGGCCUCAGUGCCCACCCGCCCUUGCCUGCCGACCACCGCGAAGCAAUCCUGGCUGCCGAAAAGAAGUCAGUGGAUAUGCCUCCCUCGCCGUCUAUCAUGGGACCUCCGUUGGCGCCUGCUUCUGCCUACCGAAUGAACACGCAGGCGCACCCGCGAACCCCGAAUGAACAGGUUGCGCGAGCUGGCUCUGCGAGAACCGUUUCUUCGCAGGCCAGAAUGAGGAAGGGGAGCCAGAGCCAAAUGUCGCGGCGGUCAUCUGUGUCUUCCUUCGCAUCCGAGCUGGAAGAGCGAUUUAAUAUCAACCUCCAGGCUGGUCCCAUGCCGCAGGGCUAUGGGCCGAAUACGGAUCCGCGUAUGAUCCAGGCAAUCACUCAAACCAUGAUUGGCGAGUUCCUCUGGAAAUACACCCGUAAGACUGGCUCGGGUGACAUGUCAAGUACGCGACACAGGCGAUACUUCUGGGUUCACCCGUAUACGCGCACGUUGUAUUGGAGUCAACAGGACCCACAAACGGCCGGCAAGAAUGAACUUCGAACCAAGAGUGUGCCGAUCGAGGCUGUGCGGGUGGUUGCAGACGACAACCCCUACCCACCGGGACUUCACUGCCGGAGUUUGGAAGUUGUCAGCCCCGGCCGACGCGUUCGAUUCACCGCCACCACAAGUCAACGGCACGAAACCUGGUUUAACGCCUUGUCGUAUCUUCUUUUGAGAGAAACCAACGACAACUGCGAAGACCACGACGCCAGUGUGACUCUGGACGAUAUUGAUGAAUUCAACCCGGGCUUCCGAUCUGCUUCUCGUCAGACGGCGCGGAUGUCGCUCUCGUCGUACAACAGUCGUACCGCUCGUCAAGCGCCCAAGCAACAGCGAGCGGCUUCAGCCAUGUCCAUGCGGUCUGCAGGAACUCACGGGCGUGCAUCCCCGGCACUCAGCUCACCCGCCCCAAAUUCGUCGCUACAAGUUCCAGAGGAACGCCAACGAUCGUCGUCCCGACUCAGCACCAUUUUCAAUGGCUCGAUCCGCGGGUCGAUUGCUAGCCUGAAGGGGCGCCACGGCCAGGCAGGGAGUGUCCACAACGGCAGUCUCGGUGGUGAGAAUAGCGCGGACGAUCUGAGACACGAGCUCGAGGGUGAAGACGAAGACCGACUCGAGAAUGUCCGCGCUUGCUGUGAUGGCAAACACGACGUUGGAUCGCUUCCUCGAACGAGUCGGUAUAGUCCUCGAGUCAACCGCAUUCAUUCUCACCACUAA